UUGGAGCGGCCCCGAGCAGCCGAGUGGCGACUACCCUUGCUCUCAGGUACGCAGCAGCCAGCCCACAACAAGUGGUUCGCUUGUUCGUUGCACUAACCCCUGCACUCCACCCCCGGGGGCCGCGGUUGGCAACCGCCUCCGACCGAGCCAGUACCACCGCUGCCGCCACCGCUGCAAGAUCAGAAUAAAAAUCCAUCUGUGAUGACCUGAAGAACGCGCCAAGUCAUCAGUGUGAGGUCAGUGCUUCAGGAUGGGCACGGUAGUGUCCCUGCCGGAGACGGCCCGCAAAGUGUUGCUUUGCUCAGAGGCCCCGAUGGCGCCUAACGGCCCCCACGAGGGAUUUGCAAGUGCUACCAACCGCAUCAUGCAAGCCCUGAGCCCAGCGCGCGCUAAACGACAAGGGGGCGCGUGCGCGACCGAGGGCGCCCCGGUGACGUCACCACAGCAACAAACACCAGCAGGCUGGCUCAGUAGCGGCGUGUCUCCUCAGCUGAGCACGCAGGGUGCGUUCAACCCUGACUCCAACAUGCAGGACAACACUUCCGAGGAACCGCAAGUGGCGAGUCCACCUGGCACUUUGACCGGCUCCAAGGACGACUCCUCCAUACCUUCGCACCUGCAACAGUCACAAGACCAAAGCAAUGCACCCGCAGGCUCAGGCUCGCACAGAAAUGGACAGUUAGCUAAGCAAGGAUCGCUGACGAUCGUACGACGGAGCAGUGGAAAAGCGCCCCGCCAUCAGGCGUCCGUAAGUUCGCCACCACCAAUGCCGAGCACGCCGCCCCCGCUAUCCGCCCCCGACAGCCCUGGUAUUCACGAGGAGGCCGCCCUGGAGGCGGUCGACCUCGCCGCCGACAAUUUACCCCCCGUGGAUACGCCUGACGCCUGCGACAAGGCUGCCCUCAGACUGCGGUGCCUGCUGAAGCAGCUGCACCGCGGCGAGGUGCCUGUCGAUCUGCUCAGACGGAACUUGCAAUACGCAGCGCGCGUAUUGGAAGCCGUCUAUAUCGACGAAACAAAGGCGGAGACAGGUGGCUGCCCUGGCAGGACGGGCGAGGACGACACGGGCGGCAAACGCGCCGGGCGGGCUCUCCUGAGGCAGCAGUCGUCGCCGCCGGCGCCGCUGGACCACCGCCACCCCGCCGCACCCGCACAAGUCAGCACCCCGCAGGGGGGUCUGCGACGGAGGCGCCUCCGAGCUCCCGUGUGGGCCAGGCGAUUGGCGGACGAGGAUGACGAGCUGAGCGAAGUGCAGCCGGACGCGGUGCCGCACGAGGUUCGCGAGUGGCUCGCCUCCACCUUCACCAGGCAGCUUGCUUCCAGGCAGCGCAGGGCCGAUGAGAAGCCAAAGUUCCGAUCGGUGGCGCACGCCAUUCGGGCCGGCAUCUUCGUCGACCGCAUCUACCGCCGCAUGUCGUCGGCGCCGCUCAUGCAGUUCCCGCCUGAGGUCGCCAGGGCGCUAAAGACGUUGGAUGAUUGGACAUUCGACGUGUUCGCCUUGAGUGAGGCGGCCAGCGGCCAACCUGUCAAGUACCUGGGCUACGACCUGCUCAACCGCUAUGGUAUAAUUCACAAAUUUAAGGUGCAGCCGCAAACCCUAGAGAACUUCCUUUGCCGAGUAGAGGAAGGCUACUGUAAAUACAAGAACCCGUACCACAAUAAUUUGCAUGCAGCUGACGUAGCACAAACUGUACAUUACAUGCUCUGCCAAACAGGACUGAUGAACUGGCUAUCAGACUUGGAGAUUUUCGCCACGUUGGUGGCUGCCGUGGUUCACGACCUCGAGCACACGGGCACCACAAACAACUUCCAUGUGAUGGCGCAGUCCGAAACGGCCCUGCUGUACAACGACCGCGCUGUCCUCGAGAACCACCACGCCAGCGCUACCUUCAGAAUAUUGAAGGAGGAGGAGAAUAACAUUCUGUCGCACUUGUCUCGCGAAGAGUACCGCGAGUUUCGAACUUUGGUGAUUGACAUGGUGCUCGCCACAGACAUGAGUUUCCACUUCCAACAGCUCAAAAACAUGCGCAACUUGCUCACUUUGGCGGAGCCCAGUAUUGACAAGUCAAAGGCUCUGUCACUGGUGCUGCACUGCUGUGACAUUUCCCACCCUGCUAAACGCUGGACAGAGCACCACAGAUGGACCUCACUGCUGCUAGAAGAGUUCUUCCUGCAGGGCGACAAGGAGUCGGAACUCGGUCUACCAUUCAGCCCCUUGUGCGACCGCAAUAACACGCUUGUUGCUGAGAGCCAAAUUGGUUUCAUUGAAUUCAUCGUAGAACCAAGUAUGGGUGUGUGCAGCGACAUGCUUGACUACAUUUUAGCGCCGCUAAACUCCUCCUCGACUUGCUCGACGCUUGCAAGCACUACCAGCAUAAUUGAAGAAGGAGGAGAAGAAAGUAGCAGUGCUAGCUCGACAGCGUCGCCGGCGCCGUUUGUCCUUAAGAAGCCAUGGACCUCGUGUCUCAGCGAAAACAAAAAGUCGUGGAAGGACCAAGCUGUCAAAGAUGCUGAUGCAAGAGCGCUUCAAAAAAAGCUGGAGGAGGAAGCUGCUGCCGCUGCGGAAGCUGACGCGACGGACGAGGGCUCGGAAGUUCAAAACGAAGAGUAAAAUUCGGGCAGUGACUUACUCUAGAAUUAAAUUAUAAUUUCAAUUUCAUGCUCGAAAGUUAUAUUUUCGGCCGUGGACUGGUUUUUGUACGCGCUGGUCACCAGUUUUUGGCUCAUAAAACACCAAUUAAGUGAAAAUACACUGUGUGCUGGUUAAUGGAACCGAAAUAAUUCAAAUUGCUGUUAAUUGAAUACAUUGAUACGGAAAAUGAGGAUCGUGAAUCGGGCAAUAACACACUCGAUGUCUGGCAAAAGCACUGCAUGCACCCCCUCAUCUAUCUACACUGCACCCUUACUAUAAAUUUCUUUCUGUAAACGCGAUUUGCAUUUAUGCAAAACAUUUAAAGGUGUUUGACAGCUUAUAUAUUUAUAAAAAAUAUUAAAUUUGUAUAUCAAUUCCAUUCGGCAGCAAGGCUCAAAACUACAACCUGCUUUUGUUUUUUUGUUUUGUAUCAAAUUUAUUUAUUUUAAAUAUUAAAUAAUGAUUCUCCACAAGAAGUUGUUGUUAAUAUCAAAUACAUAUCUUGCCACUACACUGACUUCUCUGUUUAAAAAUUCAAAAAUAUUUUGCUUCGGGUUAUUGACCUGAGCCGAGUGGAAUUCGCAUAUGAGACUGAUAUGCCUCGUUUGUACACACUUCUCUCCCUCCUUCUGUUACUUGUUGUUGUUUGUCACUCUCGUUUUGUACAGUGUACUAUAUACAAUAAUAAUUGAGAAUACGAUACUUAAAUGCGAUUGAGAGCAAAAAGCAAUGAGUCGUUCGGUCCGUUCACUCAAAAGGCGAGACUGCUUGUUUUGUGUGCGUUGAAAUAUCCAAUUUACUGAGUGUUAAUACACAUACAAACUGCAUGCCCAUUUUAAUACCUCUCUUUCUGCCGGAUUAUAUGAAUGUAGUUACGUUUUUGUGACGCCGUACUUUGAAAAUCUGUUCUUCGUGGCGACGACACAUACUUGGAAGUUGCGGGUAUCAAAGCAGCGAUUCUUACGUUAGGCGAGCGGAUUGGCCAAAAUUAUAAACGACUCAAAUAUUUAGUGCAUUCGUUCGAAAUUGAUUUUACGUAAAAUAUUUUAUAGCAAGAAACUGUAAUUUAUUUUUGACUUGAUAUUUUUAAUAGGUGUCAAAUAUUUAAUUGUUAUUUCUACAUCUUCUAAAGCUUACCCUCCAGCCUUAACAUGCUCGAAAAUUAGAAUUUGAAAAUUGAAAUAGUUCAAAAACUAUUCUGGCCAAUUUUUGUCGCACGUUCUGAAUCAUCUCACGUUGACUGCUUAUGAUAAUGAACAAUCAGUGUUGUCUCUGGACUAUUGGAGUGCAGAUGUUUUACGAUUCUUUAAAACGUCUCAAUAGUUUUGCUCCUUAAACUCUAUUAUUCAGAUUCCACAAAAGAGAGCCGUAAGCAGCACAAAUCUAGAUUAUACACAUGUGUCACUCGUAAAAUGUACGUUCUGAAAAAAUAUGAUAUGGAAAUAGCGAAAGAAAUCACUCACUUAAACAUGCAGCAGCUGGUUUGCUGCAAGUUUUUGUCUACUACGAGAUAGCAAACUAGUAUUUAUUGAAAAAUCACGCAUCAAUCGUCUCACGCUGGCAAACAGGAACCAAAAAUUGUCACACGCGCGCAUGCAAAGAAAUUUCAAUACUUUUUUGCAUGAUAUAGUAAUUAAUAAGGGUUUGAAAAAUCACACAUAUACACACAUCACACUCACGCUUACUAUUAGAACUACACAAAAUUUAUCUCAAAGCCUUGAGAAUAUACUGGAGGAGAGCACUUUUUUCAAGAUGACGAGGUUUAAAUAAGGUUUAUUAAAUGAUUGGCAAUUGGGCUGUUCAGAGACAGUGUUUUAAGAAAGGGACCAUGUUUCAUCACCACCACACGCAGACGCAGACACUGAAACAAUUGCACAUUUAUGUGCUGAAAACACAAAAUGCACUCUUGCAUUUUAUCCUACUUGGCUUUUACCUUCUUGUAAUACAGCUAUUGAUCCCGGUCCUUCUCAGACUUUGAUUUUCCUUCAAUUUUUCGCUAGCCUAAUUUAAUUGAUUUGCAGCGCCUACACGAGAUCACGUUUUUGACUGUGCGUUCUCCGCAUUGCACCUGUCUAGAGUUAAGGCAGAGAGCGAUUACUAAGCCAAUAAGUGAGGGAUCAAACCCCUGAGUCGAAUAGUUGGCUCAAAACUCAAUCUCGUUAGUUGUGUGUAUAUUUAAAAUUGCGUGUGCGUUUAACU